GUGUGCUGGGCAGCGGCAGCGACAGAGCCCAGGCGGCACCGCAGCACGGUUCUUGGACGGUUUUUUAUUCGGUUGCGCGCCAUCGUUCGAGGCGGUCGCACAGUCCACGUGCCAUAACCGUAACCACAACCUGCCAGCCGUUCAACAAAAAAACCCCCCCUCCAACUCAAAUACGAACCGAAAACUGCCUUCACCUAAGUACCUAAACCUAAAUAGCUGCCAAAAGUAACCAAAUACCGAAUAAACCAAAAAAAAAAAAUAAAAUAAAAAAAAAGACCAUAAAAAACCAAAUACCCUUCCCCCUUUAUAUCACCCCCUUCUGCAUCCCGUUUGGAAGGAAAAUGGGAUCGCCGGGAUCCCAAACGCCGCCGGCAUUCGCGAUCGCGUCCUCGAACUCCUCUGGCCGUAGGAAUCAUACAGGAUCGCUACUCUUGCGAGUCCUGGCCGUGGCCCUAGUCCUGAACUUUUGCCAUGUCCCGCUGACCAAUGCCAAGCAAAUUUCAAAUGUUUUUGACGAUGAUACGGACUUUAUGCUGGCCGAUGAGGCCUCCUUGCAGUCCAAUAGCGAUGCCACGCCCAUUGUCGAUACGGAUGACCUGAAGAUCGGCUUUGACUAUGACGCGGACGAAGAACUGCCCCUGGAAGAGGAGCAGCAGCCCAGUGGCAGCUGGCUCUCAACUGUCAGCCAUCGUGUCCGACGCUCACUGUCGCGGUUCUUUGGCGGCGAACAGAAGGAACAGCCCCGCCAACGUCGGCGGGCCAUGGAACGGCAGAGGGAGCGCCGCCGCCAGGCCAAGGAGCAGCGCCAGCUGGAGGCCCGUCAGCGCCAGGAGCUCAAGGAGCGCCAGCGCCAGCAGGAGGAGCAGGCGAGACGUGGACCCUUCAAGCGGGACUCUUUCGACGAGACCGAGGGCUCCGGCACUGAGGUGGACCAAGAGCAGGACUUUGUCAGCUAUCGCGUGUCCUUUACCUUAAACGAGCCUUAUCAAGAGGAAUUCAACGAUCCGGACAGCGAGGCUUAUUUGCAGCUCCAGAAAUCUCUGGAGGAUGAUCUGCGCAGCUUCUUCGAUCGAACCUAUCCGAACUUGGUCGAUGAACUGGAUAUCCGUAGUAUCCUAGUGCGAGCCGAUCCCACGGAUGACUCCUUCAAGGUGAAUGUCCUGCUGAAGUUGCAAAUCCCCGAGCGUAUCACCGAUUUCCGUAACAAGUUCUUCGAUCAACUGACCAACUACAAACGUAUCGAGAAUCUGGGCGCCUCCGCCGAUGAGAACUUUUCCUUCACCGAAGUCCAGGGAUCUGAGACGGAAUUGGAUCUCCCAGUCAACAACCCUGAGGUGGAUGAUAAGAAAAAUGAUUUGUCGCCGGAUGUGGAAGGCUCGGGCUCGGUUGAAGAAUCCAAUUGUCGCGGUGAUGCCACAUUCACAUGCCGACGCAGUGGUCGUGUCAUCUGCGACGAUAUGGUCUGUGAUGGUAACAGGGAUUGUGCCGAUGCCGAGGACGAAGAGAAUUGUAAUCGCGAAGUUUGCAAUGAUUCUGAGUUCAAGUGCGACAACAAGUGCUUACCUUUGACCCUGCGCUGCGAUAAUCGAUACGAUUGUGAGGAUCAGACCGAUGAGGCAGGAUGCCUCUACCCUCCACAGAAGACAGAAGACGAACAUGCUAUACCAGAACCCCUACCGGAAUGUGCCUCGAACGAGUUCAGAUGCAACAACGGCCAGUGCAUCGAUGAGAGGAGACGUUGCGACUACAAACAGGACUGUCCCGAUGGCGAGGACGAGAGCGAAGAUUGCCCCACCGCAUGCAGUGCUAUGGAGUAUCAGUGUAGUGACGGUACGCGCUGCAUUAGUGUUAGUCAGACCUGCGAUGGUCACAUAGACUGCAGCGGAGGCGACGACGAGGAGCACUGCGACGGAAGUGGCGAUAUCUACGAUGGGCAGUGUCGCAGCAAUGACUUUCAGUGCCACUCUGGCGAGUGUAUACCGAUGCGUCAGGUGUGCGAUAACAUUUACGAUUGCAACGAUAACAGCGAUGAAUUGGCCUGCGCCCAAUCUAGUGAAGAAGAUCGGGUUGGUAUUCCAAUCGGUCGUCCGCCGUCCAGCUGGAUCCACGAGGAGGACGAGGGCGAGUACAUUCUGCAAAAUAGCUACCACAACGCCAAUGCCAAGAAUCCCUGUCAGGCGAAUCAGUUCCGUUGCACCACCACGAACGUGUGCAUUCCAUUGCAUCUGCGUUGCGACAAAUCCUAUCACUGCAACGAUCUGAGCGAUGAGCUCGGCUGUGAUCAGUAUGUGCGUCCGGUGUCCACUCGCCGACCGCCAAAGGUCACCACCCUCUCGCCCUGGGACGAGCCCGGUGCGUUGAAUCAACGAACCACCACAACCACCACCACCACCACCUGGGCCCCGCCAAGGACGACAACGACAACAACAACGGAUGCACCACCGAGGCGACCGGCGGCGACCCAACCAUCGUAUCCAUCUAUCGAAACCACAACGACUAACCCAUUAACAACAGUUGGCGUAAAGACUGGCCAUGGCAGGUUCAAUAAGAGCCGUCUGGGGGUUGAGUGUAUGAAACAUCAGACCCAGUGCGGCGAUGGCAGCUGCAUCGAGGGCUACAAGUACUGCAAUGGAAUUGUCGACUGCGCCGACGGCGCCGACGAAGAUAACUGCCCCACCGACAACUACGUAGAUUAUGACCCCGACCCGGACAACAAUCCGCUGAAUGAAUGCGAUAUACUUCAGUUUGAAUGCGACUACGGUCGUUGCCUGCCAAUUGAGAAGCAAUGCGAUGGCAAAUUGGACUGUGACGAUGAAACGGACGAGCGUGAUUGUCCCGCCUAUACAGACCAUUGUCUAAAGAACGAGUUCGAAUGCGACGAUUACUGCCUGCCACGCGAACAUCUGUGUAACGGUAUUUCCGAUUGCCGCGACGGCAGAGACGAGCGCGACUGUCACUUUUGCCGCGACGAUGCCUAUCUUUGCAACACGGGCGAGUGUGUGGCAAGCAAUCAGCGCUGCGACGGCACUGCCGACUGCGCCGACGGCAGCGACGAGCGUCACUGCGUGAACACUGCCCCACAACCGACAACAACACAACCAAUACCACCAAUAUACCCAAUACCGAGACGUUGCCAGCCAUAUGAAUGGCAAUGCGAAAAUCUCGAGUGCAUCGAUUCCAGGUUAUACUGCAAUGAUAUCGAAGAUUGCACUGAUGGAUCCGAUGAGAUCUGCCUGAGCAAUGCCACCAAUGUACUAACACCCAGCGAUUGCACGGCCGAUCAGUUCUACUGCGAUGCUUCGUGUCUGAAUCGAUCCGCCAGAUGCAAUGGGCAUAUCGACUGCUCGGAUCACAGUGACGAAAUGGACUGCCCGUCCCACUCGUAUCCGAGAUCGGGUUCGGGUUCGGGAUCGGAUUUGGGAGGACUGCCAUGUCCGCAGCACAAGUGCCCCAGCGGCAGGUGUUACUCGGAGAGUGAACGCUGCGAUCGUCGGAAUCACUGCGAGGAUGGUUCCGAUGAGGCCAACUGUUGCGCUCCCAACCAAUUCCGUUGCCAAAACGGUGACUGUGUGCCCGAUCAUUCCACCUGCGAUGGCAUUACCCAAUGCCGUGACGGAUCCGAUGAACUCAACUGCGGCGCCUCCCACGAAUGCCUGCCCAGCCAGUUCCGCUGCAACAAUGGUCAGUGCGUCAGCUUGACCGCCCGCUGCAAUGGACGCACCGAUUGCAUGGACAGCUCCGAUGAAUACAAUUGUCCUGCUGAACCCAGUCCGGGACGCGGAUCCAACAAACUGAACCUGAAGACCUAUCCCGACAGCCAGAUCAUCAAGGAGAGUCGCGAGGUCAUCUUCCGUUGCCGAGAUGAGGGUCCUGCCCGCGCCAAGGUCAAGUGGUCUCGUCCCGGCGGACGCCCUCUGCCUCCUGGCUUCACCGAUCGCAAUGGACGUCUGGAGAUUCCCAAUAUUCGAGUGGAGGACUCUGGCACCUAUGUCUGUGAGGCUGUCGGCUACGCCAGCUACAUCCCCGGCCAGCGGGUCACUGUCGACCUGAACGUUGAACGAUACAACACCGAUCUGUUCGCCCGGCCAUCCUCAGCUUGCUCGGAGUACCAGGCCACCUGCAUGAACGGCGAGUGCAUCGACAAGACCGGCAUCUGUGAUGGAACCCCCGACUGCUCCGAUGGAUCCGACGAGCAGAGCUGCAGUCAUGGCCGCAAGUGCCAGCCGAACCAGUUCAUGUGCGCCAACUCCAAGUGCGUGGACCGUACCUGGCGCUGUGACGGUGAGAACGAUUGCGGCGACAACUCCGAUGAGGCUUCCUGCGACCCGGAGCCCAGUGGCGCCCCCUGCCGAUACAACGAGUUUGGCUGCCGAAGCGGACACUGCAUCCCCAAGAGCUUCCAGUGUGACGAUGUCAACGAUUGUCUGGACGGUACCGAUGAGAUUGGAUGCGCUGCUCCCAAUCCCAUCCGCCCGCCGCCACCAUUGAAAUCCCUGCUGGAGGGCGAGUCCCUGGACCUGACCUGCGUGGCCACCGGCAACCCCACCCCGACCAUCGUGUGGCGCCUCAACUGGGGCCAUGUGCCCGAGAAGUGUGAGUCCAAGAGCGUGGGUGGCACUGGAACCCUCCACUGCCCGGAUAUGCGGCCCAGCGAGAGCGGCGCCUACUCCUGCGAGAUCAUCAACACCCGCGGCACCCACUUCGUGACUCCGGACACGAUCGUCACCGUGAACCCCGUCCGCCACGACGUCUGCAAGAACGGAUUCUUCAACAUGCUGGCCCGCAGCGCCGAUGAGUGCGUCAAGUGCUUCUGCUUCGGCGUGGCCGAGUCCUGCGACAGCGCCAACCUCUUCACCUACGCCAUCCAGCCGCCGAUCCUCUCCCACCAGGUGGUCAGCGUGGAGCUGAGCCCCUACCGCGAGAUCGUGAUCAACGAGGCCACUGGCCAGGAUCUGGUCACCAUGCACCACGGCAUCCAGUUCCGUGCCUCGAACGUUCAGUUCGGCGGCCGGGAAACCCCCUACCUGGCCCUGCCCACCGAGUACAUGGGCAACCAGCUGAAGUCCUACGGCGGUAACCUGCGCUACGAGGUGAGCUACAUGGGCCACGGCAACCCUGUCUCCGGCCCGGAUGUGAUCAUCACCGGAAACCGCUACACCCUGACCCAUCGCGUCCACACCAGCGUCGGCCAGAGCAACAAGAUCAGCAUUCCCUUCCUGCCCGGCGGCUGGCAGAAACCGGACGGACGCCGUGCCACCCGCGAGGAGAUCAUGAUGGUGCUGGCCAACGUGGACAACAUCCUGAUCCGUCUCGGCUACCUGGACAGCACCGCCCGCGAGGUGGAGCUGAUCAACAUCGUUCUGGACUCCGCCGGCACCGCCGAUAAGGGCCUGGGCAGUGUCGCCCUGGUGGAGAAGUGCGCCUGCCCGCCUGGCUAUGUCGGCGACUCUUGCGAAUCCUGUGCUCCGGGCUAUACCCGUCAGCCGGGUGGCUCCUGGCUGGGACACUGUGUGCCCUUCACCCCCGAACCCUGCCCGGCCGGUACCUACGGCGAUCCGCGACGCGGCAUUGCCUGCCGCGAGUGCCCCUGCCCCCAGAGUGGCAGCAACAACUACGCCAGCGGCUGCCAGCAGCGACCGGACGGAGACGUCCUCUGCAACUGCCACGAGGGAUACACGGGACGCCGGUGCGAGAGCUGUGCCGCCGGCUACCAGGGUAACCCCCUCAUAGGUGAUCCCUGCCGCAAGAUUCCGGAAACGUCGUGCAACAUGGAUGGCACCUACAAGAUCAUGGCCGACGGACGGUGCCAGUGCAAGGACAAGGUCGUGGGCGAGCACUGCGACUCCUGUGCGGCCAACAGCUUCCACCUGAACUCCUUCACCUACGGCGGCUGCAUCGACUGCUUCUGCAGCGGCCUGAACGUGGACUGUGGCAGCAGCACCUGGUCGCGUGACCAGGUGACCAGCACCUUCGGUCGCUCCCGCGUGGAUCAUGGCUUCCAGCUGGUGCGCGGCUAUACCGGACGCGAGAACAUCAACGCCCUGAGGCUGAACGACGUCACGCCGGAGGGCCUGCGAUUCAGCGGAUCGGCGGACAACAGUGGCGACACCCUCUACUGGAGCCUGCCGGCCGGAUUCCUGGGCAACAAACUGACGGCCUAUGGCGGUAAACUGAGCUACACCCUCAGCUACAGCCCCCUGCCCGGCGGCAUUAUGUCGCGCAACAGUGCUCCCGACGUGGUGAUCAGGAGUGGCGAGGACAUGACCCUCAUCCACUACCGCAAGUCACCGGUUAGCCCCAGCGUGUCCAACACCUACGCCGUGGAGAUCAAGGAGAGCGCCUGGCAGCGAACGGACGGCCACUUUGCCGAGCGGCCGCACGUCCUGAUGGCCCUCAGCGACAUCAAGGCGAUCUACAUCAAGGCCACGUACACGACCAGCACCCAGGAGGGCUCCCUGCAGCAGGUCAGCCUCGACACGGCCACGGCCACCAAUCUGGGCACCCAGCGCGCCGUCGAAGUGGAGCAGUGCCGCUGCCCGCCCGGCUACACCGGCCUCUCCUGCGAGACCUGCGCCCCCGGCUACCGACGCGACCCCGAGGAGGGCAUCUACCUGGGCUUAUGUGUGCCCUGCGAGUGCAACGGUCACUCCAAUCAGUGCCACAGUGAGACCGGCGAGUGCCUCGAUUGCGGACACAACACCGAGGGACCCAGCUGCGACCGCUGCCUGCCCGGCUAUGUGGGCAAUCCAUCCCGCGGCACACCCUACGACUGCCAACCGGACGGCGGCUACGAGCCACCACGCCCGGAUCCGGAUGCAGGUAACCAGACCAUUGGCGAGUGCACCGUCUACUGCCAGCCGGAGGGAACGACCACCUGCCGGGGCAACUACUGCCAGUGCAAGCAGAAUGUGAUCGGAGAUCGGUGCGACCAGUGCCGUCCCGGAACCUACGGACUGUCCCAGCUGCAUGCAGAGGGCUGCAAGGAGUGCUACUGCUCCGGCCUGACCAGCCAGUGCCGAUCCGUGGAGCUGUACCGCCAACAGAUACCCGAGGACUUCAUCAGCAGCCCGCCCCUGCUGACCGACAGCCUGGGCGAUGUCGUCGACACCCAGAACCUGGACUAUGAUGUGGCCCAGAACAUGUACACCUACUCCUACCCCUCGUAUACGGACAAGUACUGGAGCCUGCAAGGCCGUGUCCUGGGCAACCAGCUGCUCUCUUACGGCGGCCUGCUGCAGUACACCCUGCAAGUGAAGUCCUCCUCCGUCGCCAAGUACAAGCAUGGUCAGGACGUGCUCCUGAUUGGCAAUGGCCUGGAAUUGAUUUGGUCGCGACCCGACGAAGACUCCGACAAGGUGGACUUCUCGGUGCGCCUGCACGAGGACGAGCGGUGGCAGCGACGGGAGGCCGGCUCGGUACGUCCCGCCACCCGGCAGGACUUUAUGACCGUGCUGACCAACCUCGAGCACAUUCUCAUCUACGCCACGCCCAUGGUGCCCACCGAUAGGACAUCGAUCGGUAAUGUCAUCCUGGAGACAGCCUCCCAGACCCCUGCCGGCCCGGGAGCUCAAUUCGCCACCGACAUCGAGGUAUGCCAUUGCCCAUCCGGCUACACCGGCAACUCGUGCGAGACCUGCGCCCCACUCCACUAUCGCGACCAGAACGGCGCCUGUCGUCAGUGUCCUUGCGAUGCUGCCAACAGUGUGUCCUGUGCCCUGACCAGCGGCAACUACGUCCAGUGCCAGUGCAAGCCGCACUGGAAGGGCGACCAAUGCCGAGAGAUCGACAACAAUGACGAUGACUACUCGGGUACGACUCGCUCGCCGGACGUAGAAGACCCCGUCCACACCCAGAUCAUUGUGUCGAUUGCCAAGCCCCAGAUCACCAUUAUCCCGGUCGGAGGCUCCUUGACUCUCACUUGCAGUGGUUACAUGCGCUGGAGCAAUGCCCCUGUGUUUGUUAACUGGUACAAGCAGAACAGUCGCCUGCCCCUGGGAGCCGAAGUGGAUGGCGGAGAUCUUUACCUCCACAACCUGCAGAUCCAUGACUCUGGUGUCUACAUCUGUCAGGCCGUCAACAACGAGACUGCACGAGUCUUCGAGGACACCGUUUCCAUCACCAUUUCCACCCACGACCAACGCUCUCCGGCCCAGGUUGUUAGCCUGCCCCAGACCGUGACCUUCGAGGAGUACCAGACCAACCAGAUCAUCUGCGAGGUGGAGGGCAAUCCCACGCCGACCAUCACCUGGACGCGUGUGGAUGGCCAGGCCGAUGCCUACAGCACCCGCACUCAGGGCAACCGACUGAUCUUCGAUUCGCCCAGGAAGUCGGACGAGGGACGCUACCGCUGCCAGGCCGACAACGAGCUGAGCCGCGACGAGAAGUACGUCCAUGUCUAUGUCCAGAGCAACGCCCCGCAUCCACCUCCGGCCCCCGAUCGCUUGUACAUCACCCCGGAGGAGUUCAACGGCGUGGCUGGCGAAACCAUCCGGCUGACGUGCUCCUCCACGAGCGACGCCCGCCUGCGCUACGAUUGGAACCACGACGGCUAUCCGCUCAGCUCGUCCGGAGCCCGCAACGUCAUCGUCAACGACAACUACCUGGAGGUGAGGGACGCCACUGCCCGGGACUCGGGCAUCUACACCUGCUUGGCCUAUGAUCCUCGCACUCGUCGCAACUUCACCGUGGAUGCUCGCGUCAAUAUCGAGAGCCGCGACCAGCCGCCAAUCGAUGAUGGAGCUAGUCCCGUGAUUACGCCGUUGCAGCAACAGAUCCUCAUUUUCCAAGGACGCGACCACAGUAUCACCUGCGAGGCCAACGGCACACCCUAUCCCUCCAUCAAGUGGACCAAGGUGCAUGCCCAGCUGGCCAACAACGUCCGCAUCAGCGGCAACAUCCUGACCAUCUACGGUGCCCGCCAGGAGAACAUUGGUCUCUACACCUGUAUUGCCGAGAACGCCAAUGGCUCCGAUCAGUCCAGCACCUAUAUCGACAUUGAACCUCGGGAGGCGCCGAGCGUUAAGAUAGAUCUGCCCCAGCAGACCCAGACGGUGGGCGGCCAGGUGGCGCUCUACUGUACCGCCUUUGGCAUACCCCAGCCCCAAGUGGAAUGGGUGCGCGUUGACGGAGUACCCCUAUCGCCGCGCCACAAGGCCGAGGCUCCUGGCUAUGUCGUGAUCAAUGAUGUUCUCGUGUCGGAUGCUGGGGACUAUCAGUGCGUGGCCAAGAACGAAGUGGGCGAGGCCAGUGGUGUUGCCAACAUCCGCAUCAUUGAGCGACCAAUUGUUCAGAUCACGCCCAGCAACAAUGUCAUUAGCCUCACCGAGGGCGAUGAGCUCCAGCUGACCUGCGUGGGCAGCGGCUAUCCCAGUCCCGUGGUCGAGUGGAGCCAGCCCAACGUCCUGAAGAACGUUCGCAACCAACAGGAUCCUGCCAGCAACACCGCCUACCUGAGGAUCUAUCGCGUUACCCAGGCCGAUGCUGGAUUCUAUACUUGCACCGGAAAAAACGAGGCCGACACCGACCAGGCCACCAUUCGCGUGGACGUUCGCCCCAAGCGUGGUGACAUCGGAAUAGGCGAUCCCGACUCGGACACCUACGAACCGCCGCCAAGGCCCUACGACCCACAAGGAUCCUACGAGGGCAGCCAACUCCGACUCCCCACCAGCUUCGGCACCAACAUCACCCUCACCUGCAACAUCUCCGACCACCUGACCCCGCAGUGGGAGCGCGCCGACGGCACCGCCCUGCCCUCCAACGCCUUCAUCAAUCAGAACAAACUCGAGAUCAUUUACGUCCAGCAGGAGAACCUCGGCCAGUACCGAUGCAACGGACUCGACCCCUACGGCCGCGUUGAAACGUAUGUGGUGCGGGAGGUGGUGUACCUGCCCCUGCCCGAGAUCGUGUUCUAUCCGCAGAUACCGCGCAGUGUGGAGACCGGUAGCCACCUAUAUAUCGACUGUCAGGUGAAGAAUGCCCGCAAGGAGGACAUCUACUGGGCCACCGACAACAACCGGCCACUAUCGAACACCGUACAGAUCGACGGCACUGUCCUUCACUUCAUUUCCAUUGCACCGGCAGAUGCCGGCGGCUAUCGAUGCACUGCCUCUAACCAGUACGGCAACACUACCAAGACCGCCCAGGUGGUGGUCAAGCAGCCGACGAUCUUCAAGCCGGUGCCCCAUACGCAGGUCCAUCAGCACCCCGAGGGCGACAGCAUCAAACUGAGCUGCAGUGCCACCACAGCCUACGGUGAAGUUCGCAACAAUGUUCAGUUCCAAUGGUACCGUGAGGACGGAAGCGAAUUGCCGCGCGGCGCCCACCCCAACAGCCAGGUGCUGGUACUGACCGCCCUCCGGCCGGAGGAUCAGGGCCGCUACAUCUGCAACACCUACGACCUGGCCAGCAGGCAGCACCUGCCACCGACCUACGUCGACUUGCAAGUCAUAACUGGCGGCAGUCUCGUGCAGCCUCCGCCGUCUCCGUACAUCCCCACCUACCUGCCGCCGCCGACGACAAGGACACCGCCCCGGGAUUACCGCCUGAAACUGGACCAGCAGUCAUCCAAUCUCCAUGCCGGCGAGUCCACCGAGGUGGAGUGCUCCUCUACGGAGAACACCUACACGGACGUCGUCUGGGAGAGGGCCGAUGGUGCUCCACUUGGCCCCAACGUUAGGCAAGCGGGUAACCUGCUGAUCUUCAACGAGGUCGUCGCCGCCGAUGCUGGCAAGUACGUGUGCAAGUGCCGCACGGACGAGGGAGAACUCUACACCACCAGCUACGAGCUGAAUGUGGAGGACCAGCCCCAUGAGCUGAAGAGCUCCAAGAUCGUCCAUGCCCCCGUCGGCGGAGACGCGAACCUGCAGUGCGGAGCCGACGAGAGCCGGCAGCCCACCUACCGCUGGUCCCGCCAGUACGGACAACUCCAACCCGGACGCAGUCUCACCGAGAACAAACUAUCCCUGGACGGCCUUCAAGCCAACGAUGCCGGAACCUACAUCUGCUCGGCUUCCUAUCGGGAUGGCGAGACCGUGGACUUCCCCAGCAUCCUGGUGGUGACCGGCGCCAUACCCCAGUUCCGCCAGGAGCCGCGCAGCUACAUGAGCUUCCCCACCCUGCCCGACUCCUCCUUCAAGUUCAACUUCGAGCUGACCUUCCGGCCGGAGACUGGCGACGGCCUGCUCCUCUUCAACGGCCAGACGCGUGGAAGCGGCGACUACAUCGCCCUAUCGCUGAAGGAUCGCUAUGCGGAGUUCCGCUUCGACUUCGGAGGCAAGCCGCUGCUGGUGCGAGCGGAGGAGCCGCUGGCCCUCAACGAGUGGCACACAGUUCGGGUGCAUCGCUCCCGUCGCGACGGAUACAUCCAGGUGGACGAACAGCAUCCGGUGGCCUUCCCCACGCUAUCCCAGACCCCGCAACUGGACCUGAUCGAGGACCUGUAUCUGGGCGGAGUGCCCAACUGGGAGCUGCUGCCCGCCGAUGCUGUCACCCAGCAGACCGGAUUCGUCGGCUGCAUCAGCCGGCUGACGCUGCAGGGACGCACCGUGGAGCUGAUGCGCGAGGCCAAGUUCAAGGAGGGCAUCUCCGACUGCCGCCCCUGCGCCCAGCGCCCCUGCUCCAACGGAGGUGUGUGUCUGGAGAGCCAGUCCGAGCAGGCCUACACCUGUGUCUGCCAGCCGGGCUGGACGGGCAGGGACUGCACCGUCGAGGGCACCCAGUGCACGCCCGGAGUCUGCGGCACGGGCCGAUGCGAGAACACGGAACUGGACAUGGAGUGCCUGUGCCCUCUGAACCGGACAGGUGACCGUUGCCAGUACAUCGAGCACCUGAACGAGCAGAGCCUGAACUUCAAGAGGAACAGCUAUGCGGCCUAUGGAACUCCUCGUGUCACCCGGGUGAACGUUACCCUCUCCGUGCGCCCUUCGAGCCUCCGCGACUCCGUGAUCCUGUACGCGGCAGAGUCGCGCCUGCCCAGCGGCGACUAUCUGGCUCUGGUGCUGCGCGGCGGUCACGUGGAGCUCCUCAUCAACACGGCCGCUCGCCUGGAACCGGUGGUGGUGCGCUCGACGGAGCCACUGCCUCUGCACCGCUGGACCCGCAUCGAGGUGCUGCGCCGACAGGGCGAGAGCAUCCUGCGAGUGGGCGAUGCCCCAGAACGCAAGGCCAAGGCUCCGGGCGCGGCCAGAACUCUGUCGCUGAAGACGCCACUCUUCGUGGGCGGCUACGAUCGGGCCACGGUGAAGAUCAACCGGGAUGUGAACAUCACAGACGGCUUCGAUGGCUGCAUUUCAAGGCUGUACGAGUCGACGAGGUCCGUGAAGCUCCUGGCGGACAUCACGGAUGCGGCCAACAUCCAGAACUGCGGCGAGCUGAACGAGAUUAGUGAGGAUGCGGACGACCUGCCCGUACCACCGCCACCAUCGCCAGUCGAAACACCAUCCGGAGGCGGAAGCGGUGGCGAACUGGAGCCCUAUGCCAUGGCGCCAUGUGCCAACGAUCCCUGCGAGAAUGGCGGCAGCUGCAGCGAACAGGACGAGGAGGCUGUCUGCUCCUGCCUGGUGGGCUUCAGUGGCAAGCACUGCCAAGAACACAUCCAAAUUGGCUUUAAUGCCUCGUUCCGCGGCAAUGGCUACCUGGAAAUCAAUCGCAACCAGUUCAAUGCCGAUGUGGAGCAGCAGUUCACCUCCGCUGUGGUCGUCUUCACCACCACCGAGCCCAAUGGCUUGCUGUUAUGGUGGGGCCAGAAGGCUGGCGUGGAAUACACCGGACAGGACUUUAUAGCCCUUGCCGUGGUCGAUGGCUAUGUGGAGUUCAACCUCCGGCUCGAUGGCGAGGAGGCGGUGAUCCGCAACAGUGACACCCGGGUGGAUGAUGGCAACCGUCAUAUUGUGAUUGUGAAGCGAAAUGAGAAUACGGCCAUCCUGGAGGUCGAUCGAAUUCUGCAUUCUGGUGAAACGCGACCGACUGCCAAGAAGGAGAUGAAACUGCCGGGUCAUGUGUUCAUCGGUGGCAUUCCGAAUAUUGCACAAUUUACGGGCGAACGGUUCUUGCACAACUUUAACGGUUGCAUCGUGGUCGUCGAGGGCGAUGCCUCGGGUCAAAUCAACCUGGGUCCUUCGGCCAUCAGUGGGGUCAACGUCAACACCUGUCCCAUUGACGAUGGGUCCCUGGAAGGAACCGAACCGCCAGUCGUCUGAGGACACACCAGCAAUCGAAAUUAGCUUUUUAAUUAAUUAACAAUAACACUAAAAAUACAAAAACAAAAAACACACACAAAAAAAAAAAUUAAGAAACCAU